UUUCUUUUUUUGUGCUGUAACAAAAAAUAGCAAUAAUAAUGAUACCCAAGGUACUUUAUUAGACUGCACUGCACCCUUUCUUUCCCCCAUUCAUUCUUGAAUCAAAUUCACAAUGUUCGAAAACCCCCUCACUUAGAGAGCUCUUUCGACAACAGCCAAGCGUAUUAUCUUCUCGGGUAUUCAACCUACCGGCAUUCCACACCUGGGCAACUAUCUCGGUGCUUUAUCAAAUUGGGCCAGUCUACAAGAACCGGGCACGACCAAUUACUAUAGCGUUGUUGACCUUCAUGCUAUUACUAUGCCGCAGAAUCCAGACGCAUUGCGCCAGGCCAAGUUCGACAUGGCCGUCAGUUUACUGGCGUGCGGUGUAGAUCCGGAAAAAAGUAUUCUGUUUGAACAAAGCAAGGUCAGGGCUCACUCUGAGCUUGCAUGGAUAUUCAACUGCUUGACGCCUGUAGGAUGGUUGGGUCGCAUGACUCAGUGGAAGUCAAAGAUGGAUAGUGCACGAGGUCGUGUUUCCUCACACGCAGAAAUAUUGGCAGACGAGUCGUUGACGACUGGGUUAAAGAUGGGCUUGUUCGAUUAUCCCGUAUUACAAGCCGCUGAUAUUUUGCUUUACAAAGCGACUCAUGUACCUGUGGGACAAGACCAGCUACAGCACCUUGAACUUGCACGCGAUACUGCAAAGUUGUUUAACAAGACAUUCAAUCAAGAAGUGUUUCCCAAACCCGUCGCGAUCAUACCACCCGAGACGCAGCGCGUCAUGUCAUUGCGCCAACCUACGGCUAAAAUGUCCAAGUCUGACCCCUCUGAUCAGUCGAGAGUCAACCUUACUGACUCUCCAGAACUUAUACAAAGCAAGAUCCGUCGAGCCAUGACCGAUUCACUGCCCGGUGUUAGCUAUGAUACAAAGGAGCGUCCUGGCGUAUCUAAUUUACUGAGCAUUUACAGUGCUGUACGCAAUAUUAGUAUAGAGCAGGCUGUCAACGAUUUUGCUGAUGUGCAAAGCACAAAACAGUUCAAGGAGCAAGUAGCAGAUGCAGUCAUCGAGCGACUUGCUCCCAUCCAGGCUGAACUGGUACGAUUACAAGCUGACGCUGGGUACGUCCGACGUGUAUUGGAUCAGGGUGCGGACAAGGCAGCUGAAGCCGCGUACAGCCAUAUGGAAGAAGUCUACAAGGUGGUUGGCUUGCGAUAGCAGUAUAUAGUAGUGGUAUCAGAUAAUCAUAUACACAUUAUUUCGAAAAUAGAAGCUACAACAACAGUAAUUAUGGUAAGGAGUAAUAGUGAUGAUAAUAGUGAUGAUGAAUACAAUGACAUUACGGUGAUGGUAGUGGCAGUAGAAGUGUGAAAGUCU